AUGAGGUCUAUCAUCAUAUGUGCUCGGUUGCGGAAUCACUUUCACUGGCCGACAAUCUCUGCACGAAAACACCACAUCCAAAUCGCAGCGUCGACAGCACGGAAAAUCCAGCAGAUCCAUAUAGGAAAUACUAAAAGGUUUUAUUCAAACCAGGGCUGGAAUAAAGAUGACACCUUUUUCCGGUUUACACGCUCUCGGUUCCUCCGUGAUGAAGCAAAAGAGCUGGCACAACGAUACGUCAAAUUCGAUGUCAAUGAGUUAGCAGAGACCGCAGCCCGGAUUUCUGGUCCUGGAACUCGAAAGUGCAUCAAGAUUGAGAAGAUGGCGGAUGGGCUGUACAGCAAGGCCUUGCUUCUGACCAUGGAUGACGGUGUCCAGGUUAUUGGCAAAGUGCCGAAUCCGAAUGCUGGCAUACCCCAUUUUACCACUGCAUCUGAAGUGGCAACAAUGGACUUCGUUAGAAACAUACUUGGGACACCAGCUCCUAAGGUCCUUGAUACGCUGGAGACAUUGUGGAACAAGCUUGACAUCGAAAUGAAGGUGAACAUUGUCAAGGAGAUAGCAGGCUAUCAAAGAGAUUGGACCUUGACGUCAUUUUCCGAGUAUGGUAGUAUAUACUACAAGGAGGACAUUCCCAAUGCAACCUGCUUGACCUAUACGAACAAAAACGGCAAGCAGGUAACGGAUGACCGGUUUACUAUUGGGCCAUCAACAAGCAGACAAAAUUUCGAUGACGGAAGAGCAAGUGUCAAGUUUGACAAAGCCUUUCCAUUGGACUAUGUAAAAGCAGCAGGCUACAGAGAAAUGGAAUGUAUCACCCAGAUGCCAAAGCUACCCAAAUCUCCAAUAGGCCUCUAUGGACCUCAAACAUAUCGUCCUUCAAAGGAGAAAAAGAUCAGAGCGUUGCAGGCAUAUAUGGAGGUUGUCGAUCGUCUACUUCCAGACGACAAGUCCAUAAAGGGAUCUCACCUGUGGCACAACGACUUACAUGCAGAGAACAUAUUCGUUAACCCUGAUAACCCCUCUGAGAUCUGUGGAAUCAUCGACUGGCAGACAACAGAACUAGCGCCCCUAUAUGAUCAUACAAUUGAGCCAUACUUCCUUGAAUACCAAGGACCACGUAUGACCGGGGACCUGCUACAGCAGCCAGAUAUCAAGGAGAUUCAAAAGCUCUUUGAAGACGACAAAGAACUUGCAGCUUCGGAGAAAAAACGAAAAGCUGAGUCUCUGUUUUGGAGAAUGGCACUGGUCUCCCUCUGGAGAAAUACCCUCCACAUGGGAAUCGAACCACUCUUCCGAGCACUCGAGUUCCGCGAAACAGUGAGGUUUACUCUUCUGAUCUUUGCCCGAAACCUCCAUCUUGACGGGGAAGCAGCAUAUCUUGCUAUUUUAGCUGAUCAAUACCGCAAGGGCUGGGAAGACGUCCCAGGCAUACGCAGCAAUUCAAGAAGGGGUUCCCGAGCUGCCAAUGGCAUUAAUAUCAUGGGAGAUGUUAAGGAGGCUGUUGGAUCGCAUUUCUUUCGAGUCGAUGGCACCGUUGACCACGAGGAUUAUGACGAGGUUAAGGAGCUCAUUCAAUUGACCAAGGCGGACUUCAUGUCGAAGUAUCCAGAGAACGAGGAGGAGCGCAAGGAAUGGGAAGCUGCCUAGCCGUUUGACGAUUGAUACGGAGUACUCCGUACGGUCUACUAUGAACAGCCGGCGCCUGGCGCUAUCCGUGAACCCUUGUACUGUAGAAUCUUUCCAGAAAGCAAUCUGCUGUAACACUUGGAUAUCCAAAUGAUGUUACCACUACCAAUGACUGCCCAUGUGUAACGAACUGCCCAACAUGGUGACAUGUUUAUUUGUUUACCUCGGGAGCAUGACUUCAUCGAAGUGCCGCCACCAUAAGGAAACAUGCGAGGUAAUAAUAAAGCAAUUAAGACAGGGUGUAAGCUCGGCUAUAAUUGACAGAUGGGUGGGCUUGCUAGAUUGCUGGUUAUGGUAGUGAGUUGGUCGGUUCAGGGGUAAUUCGGUAAAAGGCCCGACCCGCCCGCUGAAGUUCCAACGGUACGAAAGAAAAAAAAAUAAUAAGAAAGCAGUUAAAGCAAGCUUCCGGUGGCAAACUGUGAAACUGUUUAAUUUCAUUUCAUUUCAAUCUCUAACUACCAAAGGCCUAUGGCUAACUGAGAAGAGCCGAAGGACAUUUCGUUGAUCAAGGCUGGUGUCAUUGCAUUCGUUCCUUCGUUACUCAUGAGGUCAAACUUCUCGGCGCCGCUCAAAUAUGAAUAAUAUGUAAUAUCAAAACUGGGUCAGUGGAUAGUGAUGAUUGAUUGACACCCAGGAUGUUCAACUGGUGGAGUCUCGUCUCAGAUCCAGGCCUCGAUACCACACUCGUCAUCAGAGUCAUCGUCGAAGUCGAUGGUUGGUCCGGUGGGCUCUGGCAGACGCUGGGUGGGAGCUUCGUCCUUGGGAACACGGACACCCUGAAUAUCAUGUUCAUCAGCGAGGGUUUAAGGAAAGGUAAAAAGCGAAAAACGCUGUACGUCAUGGUCUGAUGUAGCGAGAUAGCUAAGGACAGACUUUUACUUACGGGGACUUUUGCGAAGUUCGAGUGUUUGCGUGGCGCGGCCGCACGUCUCUCCUUGGUGGUGAUGUUCCAGACACCACUGGUAGGGGUGGAUUUCUCUCCUGUGGACUUCUCUCCUGUAGACUUCUCUGCUGUAGACUUCUCUGCAGGCGUGGCGGUCUUGCGGGCAGUCUUACGAGAUUGUCCGGCC